AUGUCGUCGCCAGUCACGACGGAGGCAUCACACAAUGACCCACUAAUGUCGAAGAGUCACAACUACAAACACUUGACUCCAGAGGAAGUGGAACAUUUCCUGACAAAAGGCUGGCUCCGCGUUCCAGGAGCAAUCAAGGAGGAGAAUAUCGACAAAUGGAUGCAGGACUUGUGGACCAGAAUCGACUACGAUGAGCACGACAAGUCCACGUGGCAUUCUGAGUAUCUCCACCUCCCCAGACAUCGUGAGGUGCCCGCCGAAGAGUUUGCGCCGGAAGCCUGGAACAAAAUCGUGGAUAUUGUUGGCGGAGAGGACCGAAUCGACCCAGUUCGGGAGCGAUACUACGGCGACGCCUUCAUCAUCAACUUUGGCAGCGAGGACAAGACUACCCAGACCGUUGAGUAUCGGCCUCAAGACAAGGACGGCUGGCAUACUGAUGAUGAUUGGUAUCGGCUGUUUCUCGAUUCGACCGGCAAUGCCAUGACCGUUAUUCAUUGCGCACACGUCAAAGACUGCAAGCAGUUCACCACCGUCACGGCGAAGAGGGGCGACGUUUUACUGCUUCAUGGCCUUCUCCCUCACACCACCAGUGCCAACCAUCUCCACUAUGCCCGCGUCAUUAGCAACCCGCACGUUUCGCUGCAUAGUCCAUUGAAUUUGAAUAGGCCGGACGGAAACUAUAGUCUCCUGGAGCAGGUCAUCCUGAGGAAUCUCGGCAGAGAUGCUGUACCUGAGUUCCAACCAACUCGGGAGCGCAAGUCCUGGUAUCCUCGCAAUGCCGGCUUCAAGCGAGCAAAGGCACAAGACGAGUUGAAGCGCAUGAUUGCAGCAGCCAAAAGUAAAGGCCUUGACGAAAGCACUGUGGACAGUAUCUAUCUCCGACAAGGCACUAAAGAGUUCGAAGAGUUCGAAAGGCGCAAUGGUUUCGACAAGGACAUCAAUGCGGAGACCGGUCUUGUCAUGGUACAGCACACUGUGGGAGAAUGGGUGCCAGCCGGAGUAUCGUCAACUUAG